CAUCAAAAGAAGAGAAGAAAUUAAAGCCAAAAGAAACAAAAAGUUGCAAAACAGUGUACAUACAGACAGAGCGAGCGAUCAGAGACGCGAUAAUGGCAGUCUCAGUUACUAUUUUGGCCAUCGUCACAUCUCUUCACCUCAUGGCCUUCGUCCUCGCUAUCGGAGCCGAACGCCGCCGCAGCUCCGCUAAGGUGGUGCCAGAUCAGUACGAUGAGCAAACGUACUGCCUGUACGAGUCCGAUGCGUCGACUGUGUAUGGACUGGUUGCUUUUGGGCUGUUGUUGUUAAGCCAAGCAGUUUUGCACGGCGUUACACGGUGUCUCUGCUUUGGGAAAGGGCUUGCCACUGGAACAAAUAAUACCACCUUCGCAAUUUUCUUCUUCAUUGUCUCCUGGAUUAGCUUUUUGGGAGCUGAGGCAUGUUUGUUGGCUGGGUCAGCAAGGAAUGCAUAUCACACCAAAUACCGAGCAGCCUUACAAUGGGGAGAACAUCUAUCAUGUGCCACCCUUCGAAAAGGCGUAUUUGCUGCAGGAGCAGCUCUAACAUUGUUAUCAUUGAUUGGUUCAGUUCUUUACUAUUGGACUCACUCUAGAGCCGAUACUGGUGGAUGGGAGAAGCACCGGAAUGAAGGUCUUGGCAUGACGGCAUCAGAUUUUCCACAGCCUCCGCAACAACGUGCCAACGAGUUUGAGAAGGUUUAGUUAUUCUCACUUCCAACUUUUUUGUUGACUUGUUGAGGAAAGGAUGGAUAGGUUUAAACUUUAAAGUUAAAUAGUCCCAGCAACCUAUGGGCGUAUAGAUGUUAUUCAUGUUAUAUAUGCAUGCAAUAGUAGAAUGGAAGUAUAUUGUAAUUUUUUUUUUCCUUCUUUCCUUUUGAGUUGAGGUGAUUGUCAUGUUUGCCUGUAAAGUUUGAACUUUGUGGCCUUGUCUUCAUAUCGCUUCUACCCUUCUUUGUGUGGCUCUUGCGCCAUUUUAACA